AUGCGACGGGGAAAAAAAUCUGUAGAAAGGGUUGGACAAGGAACGAGUUGGAAAAACGCCUCAGAACGCAAUGGGAAUGUCGGGGAUUGUGCAUAUCCUUUGUAUGCGCGUGACUGUCCAGGACGCCCAAACACCCGAGAGCGCGCGCCAUCAAACACAGAGGGGCGCUGCUAUCCGAAACGAGCGACACCCAAUGCGUGCACGUGUGGUUGUGUGGGAGAGCGCGGGGGGGGGGUGGGUGGGUUGGGUGCAAUGUCCUCGUUGACGGUUUUGGCUUCCCCACUAACUUGGACGCUUGUCAAUGCGUAUUUCACUCGGGUCCCAUCGAAGCGUUUCGGACUUCCAUUAGGCCGCCAAAGCCACCCUUUUGGUUUCCUACAACCAUCAACAAGUUGA